AUGGUGGUCGAAACCAAAUUCUACGAUGUCCUUGGCGUCUCCCCGACUGCCACCGACGCCGAGCUGAAAAAGGCGUACAAGAACGGCGCGCUUCAGUUCCAUCCCGACAAGAAUGCCAACAAUCCCGAGGCCGAAGAAAAAUUCAAAGCCAUUUCCCACGCUUACGAAAUUCUUUCCGACGCCCGAAAGCGACAGAUCUAUGACCAGUAUGGCGAGGCUGGCCUGGAGGGCGGUAUGGGCGCUGGCGGUGCUGGUAUGAAUGCUGAGGACCUUCUUGCUGAGUAUCUCUCCGGCCAUGCUGGCGGCUUCGGAGGCUUCCCCGGCAUGUUCAGCGGUAUGGGAGGCGGCAUGGGCGGCGCCAGGGGCGGUCCGCGCAAGGCUCGCACCAUCGCCCACACUCACAUGGUCUCACUCGAGGACAUUUACCGUGGCAAGGUCUCCAAGCUGGCUCUUCAGCGCUCAAUCAUUUGCUCCAAGUGCGACGGCCAUGGUGGCAAGCCCGGUGCCGCCAAGCGUUGUCUGGGCUGCAACGGCCACGGCAUCAAAAUCUUGGAACGCAACAUGGGUCGCGUCACUCAGCGCUUCCAGACCCAAUGCACCGACUGCGACGGAGAGGGCGAGAGCAUAAGGGACAGGGAUCGCUGCAAGCAGUGCCAUGGUAAAAAGACGGUCGUUGACCGCAAGGUACUCCAUGUCCACGUCGACAAGGGUGUCCGCAGUGGCACGAGGGUCGAAUUCCGCGGUGAUGGUGACCAGGCGCCUGGUAUCCAGGCUGGUGACGUUGUUUUUGAGAUUCAAGAGAAGCCCCACCCUCGCUUCAAGCGCAUAGAAGACCAUCUCUUCUAUACCUGUAAGAUCGACCUGGUCACUGCCCUUGCCGGCGGUACCGUAUACAUCGAGCAUCUGGACGAUCGCUGGCUGAGCGUUGAUGUUCUCCCGGGCGAGGCCAUUACCACAGGCUCCAUGAGAGUCAUUUCUGGCGAAGGUAUGCCUUCCCAUCGCCAUCAUGAUCAUGGCGACCUGUUUGUCAGUUUUGAAGUCAUCAUGCCCGAGAAGAAUUGGACGCAGGACCCAGCGGCGUUCGAGGCCCUCCGCAAGGCUCUUCCUUCGCCGGCUGUCCAGAACGUCCCCCCCGCCGAGUCGAUGACCGAGCCCACCGAUCUCCAAGAGGUUCCAGAGGACACGCGCGCCUUUGUCCAGGCACAGGCUGAUGAACAAAAGAGGGUUGAUGAAGAAAGGCAUGGCGCGCAACACCAGCACGGCGAGUUUAGGCCUGGUGCUGGCGCGGGCUUUGGCGCGGGCUUUGCCGGAGCCGCUGGUGGUGGCGGCGAGGGCAUGCAGUGCGCCUCGCAGUAA